UGUGGUUUCCGAGUCAAACCUGAUGGUGCCGCUACCCACGAGGUUCUGCGGCGCUGAAAGCAAUUCAGAGAAAGCAUGACGACGAAUUGACGAUACGUGUAGUAGGUAUUGUGGUUAAAAAUCAUAGAUGUAUGACGAAUCUUCUCAUGAUGCUGUUUUACGUAAGUGUUGAGUGAUGUGAGUUGGGAACACAGGCAUCAAGCUUCUAUUGAAAGUAAACUCAAUCUCAGUGAAUUAAAAAUGAGGACCCCCCCACAAUCAAUAUAAACUUCAUGUGGCAACUCUAAACAGAAGAUUGACGUCAUCAGAGAGUUGCAACAACAGCAACUCUAACCAGUAGUACUAAAAAGUAGAACCGGAAGCAUCAGUUGUUGGGAGAGUGAGAAUCGGAAACACCUGUGCGUACGGUCCAUCGUGCUCACCCCUCUGGAACAGUGACGAGAGGCGGGCACCGCGUCGUUCUGAACUGCAGCGUCGAGCAUUCCAUCGUUUCUUGCCGGUGCUGGGAUUGUAGAUAGAUGCCACAAACCGUAGUUCUAGUGAUUUGGAGUGCAGAGAUUGCUGCAGAAUAUAUACAUUUUUUUUUUUUUCACUUGUGAAUUAGCUGCCAUGAAGUUGCAUUUGCUAGAGUAAUGGUGAUGUAGGACCUGCAGUGCCGUGAUGCUUCUGAGGGGUUCGGGUUGUCAUGGUUGAGUAACUGAAUUCUGCAAUUUUUGGAGGGUUUUUUGAAGUGGAGAUUGGAAUGUUGGUUUUCGAGAGGUGAGGGCACGUCGCACGGGGAAUUUGUAUUACUGUUAGGUUUUUUUGGUUAAAUUCGGUUUGUGGGCUUGGCGAAUUUUUUCGGGGAGAUGAAGGGGAAGGGGGGGGAGGGAGGGAGGGUGACGUGGAUGAUUCGGUGGUAAUGGGGCUGCCGAUGGGGCGGAAACUGCGAGUGACAUGUACGGAGAGCAACAUAUUUGACCAAAUUCCGGAGGAUGGGGUGUUAGUGAGGUCGAGUAGUAUGCCGAGAGGGUGUCAUAGUUCAAUGCAUUCUUGUAAGUCUAUUUCACCAAAAAAUAAUUCAUGGAAGAAUAGUUUUGAGGAUGCGCACAUAGGUAGAAGUUUGAAAAAUUCCUUUAGUUUAGGAUUUUUGUUUCCAGAUGAAGGGGAUGGCAGCAGCGAUGAACUUCGCCAGGCCUUGCUCACGGACAGCGAAGAAAGUGACGAUCCAGGAGUGUCUCCUCUUGAAAAUGCGAAGAAGAAUUUUCGCAAGAGCCACGGUACAUGGGGGAACCAUGUGGUUAAUGUGGAUCUCGUACGAGGCACCUCUAUCGAUUUAGCAGCAUGUGAGGAUGCAGCGUCUAGAAUUCACAGGUGCCAGACAGCGCCGGCUAUGUCGAGCAUGAACCGAGAGCGGAAAGCCGCCGCUCUGAAGCGUCCAGAGUUCACUAAGGGCUCUGCAAUUGUAAAACAAGCUGGAAUUGGCCUCAUAAUAUAUCUCGCUUUGGGGGUUACAAUAUACGCAUGGAAAAACGAUGAAUUCUCCGGCAUUGAGUCGUUCUCAGUGGUGGACGCCCUUUACUUCUGCGUUGUCACCAUGUGCACGAUCGGCUAUGGCGACAUUGUCCCUGUAACCCCGUUUGCGAAGCUCUUUUCAUGUGUUUUUGUGUUGAUUGGAUUUGGUUUCAUCGACACAUUACUGAGCGGGAUGGUGACUUAUGUGUUGGACAAGCAAGAGCAUCUUCUUUUAAGCGCUGUAGAGGGAAGCCACUACCGCACUGCCAAGAAGUAUUUUUUGAACGAAAAACACGGUAACCGGAUGCGCAUCCGGUUGAAAGUUGCCAUAGCUCUCGGUGUCCCCUUGCUGUGUAUUGUCAUCGGCACUGUGAUGAUGAUGCAGUUCGAGGAGUUGGGAUUGCUGGAUGCUUUCUACUGCACGAUCAUGUCUGUCACAACUGUCGGAUAUGGCGACCAUACAUUUAAGACUUAUUAUGGCCGUCUAUUUGCCGGCGUCUGGCUUCUCUUUAGUACCUUGGCAGUGGCGCGGUGCUUUCUUUAUCUUGCGGAGGCGAGAAUCGAUAAGCGCCACCGGGCGAUUGCUAAGUGGGUGCUGCAAAGGGAGCUCACUGUGGGAGAUUUGGUGCAAGCCGAUCUUGAUCACGAUGGGUCUAUCAGCAAAGCAGAGUAUGUUGUAUACAAGCUUAAGGAGAUGGGGCACAUCCAGUCACAUGAAAUUGCAGACAUAUGUCACCAAUUCGAUCAGCUUGAUGUGAACAACUCCGGAAAAAUUACUCUUGCUCGUCUUCAGGAAGGAAACUGACUCUUUGUACAUCUUAACAACGUUUCUGCGACAAAACGCAUGAGACAAUGUAUGGGUUUCUGAUUUUUUGGAGUUUCAGAAGAAAAGCUCUCUAUCUGCACCGAUUUCAUUUUGCACUCACACAGAAGUAUUUUGACAUAGAAUACUUAGCUGUAGAUGCCGGAAGGAACAUAACAUUAUUUAGCAAGUGCGAGAGCGCAUCUCGCAUAGACAACUCAAAAGGUGAAAAACAGGUCAUUCUAUUGAAGUUGGCAAUCCAGUUGAUGACCUUGGAUUUUACACCGAGUAAACCUGCCAAGAUAGCAUAAACCUUAUACACCUGUAUCUUAAGUUAACCAGUGUAGCGAUAUGGCUACGGUGGUUGCCAGGGAGCUGUACAAUAUCAUGCACAAGAUUGUCUUUUAAAAUUCACGUCACCAAGUGUCAAGAUCUAGACACACAUUCAAAUGA